AUGUCAACUUUCACAUCCCCAGUUCUCUGCAACUUCAUGACCAUCCAACAGAAGAGCGCGCCUCUGCUGAACAACAGCACAAGACGGCCCCUGCGCCUGAGCUUCCCAGGGACGACAAGGAGCGUGCCGACCUUGCCGGGCUUCAGAGCGAGGCAAGACUUGCGCGUCGCCGCCGUCUACAAGGUGAAGCUCGUCGGCCCCGAAGGGCAGGAGAGCGUGAUCGACGUGCAAGAGGACAGCUACAUCCUGGACGCCGCCGAGGAGGCCGGUGUCGAGCUGCCCUACUCCUGCCGCGCUGGUGCGUGCUCCACGUGCGCCGGCAAGGUGCUGGAGGGCUCCGUCGACCAGUCGGACCAGUCGUUCCUGGACGACACGCAGGUCGGUGCCGGGUAUGCGCUCACCUGCGUCGCGUACCCGACGUCUGACUGCGUCAUCCAGACGCACAGGGAGGCAGACCUCUACUAG